AUGCGCUCCGUCCUCGCCCUCGCCUCGCUCGUCUCGCUCUCGUCGGUCGCCCUCGCCCAGACCGGCUACGGUCGCUUCCCGUGCAACAUCUUCAACGGCGACGGCACGCUUUCGGCCGACCCCAACCAGUGCCUCGACAGUCAGCUCAUCCCUCCCGGCAGCGCCGACGACUCUGGCUUCCAGGGUGACGGCGCGACCCCGACCAACCCGGAGUGUGUCGCCUACGGCCCGAACGCCGGCUUCUUCUGCGGCAUUGCCGGCGCCGCGUGCACGACCGACGACAACUGCGACAACGGCGUCUGCUCGGGCGGUGUCUGCUCGGGCGGCCCCGGCACCGACUGCGACGCCGACUCGAGCUGUAGCGGAUUCCUCUACUGUUCCGACCCUAGUGGCGAGAACAUCCUCGGCACCUGCGGCGGCGACGGGACGUUCUGCAACGACCCGAGCACCGGCAACCCCGACGGCACCGCCGCCGAGAACUUCGACACCUACAACCAGUACUGCGCGAGCGGCUUCUGCUCGAUCAACGACGGCGGCGUCUGCUCCAACUUCGUCACCCAGGUCGACGGCGACUGCUCGUUCGACCCCGAGUUUGCCUGCACGGUCGACUCGGACACCGGCGCCGCCCUCACCUGCGACGCGACGUCGCUCACGUGCCAGCUCGCGCCGCAGCCGACCGGCGCUCGCGCCCGCGCUCGCCGUGCUCGCGUCAACGGUGCCGCCCUCUUCAAGCGCCGUGCGUGCCCGCUCUCGCACACCGCCUGCGCCAUCUCGGGCGCCAAGGGCUUCGAGUGCGUCGACACCCUGUCCAACCUCGAGCAGUGCGGUGCUUGCGCGACCGAGGGCGGCGUCGACUGCACCUCGCUCCCGGGCGUCGAGUCGGUCGGCUGCAUGGCCGGUGUCUGCGAGAUCUGGUCGUGCGCCGACGGCUACUCGUUCGACUCGGCCUCGUCGGCCUGCGUCGCGACCCUCGCCUAGAUCCCUCCCCUCUCCCUCCUUUAGACACUACUACAGCACUCGCCUUCCUCGCCCUCGUUCUCUCUCCUCUCGUCCCUCGUCUCGUACUCGGCAGUAUGCUCUCUGUGCCCGUCGUCGGUCUUGGCCCUGGUCGCCCUCGUCACCCUCCUUGUUUCUCUUUCCUCCCUUUCUCUCCUCGAUGUAGCUAUUGGCCCCCUUCGUUCACGCUCUACCCCUACACGUACGAACCGAACACGAACCUUGCGAACUCUGCAGCGUUUCUAGA